AUGGAUCCAACUGCCAUAUUUUGGUUUAUUUAUUCGUUUUAUUCUGCUACCUUUAUUUGGAAUUUUUAUUUAACUUUGCGACAAUAUAAUGUUUAUCGUAAAACUGAAACUAGGCCAGAGGAAGUUUAUGAAAUUAUUUCUGAGGAGGAUUUUGGUUAUCAUCGAAAUUAUUAUUUGGAUAAAUUGACCUUUGAUUCUUACAAACUUAUAAUUCUUUUUUGUAAUCUGAUUCCUUGGCUUUGGUCAAUUUGUGGCAGAUAUGGACUUUUUAUAAAACCAGAGAGUGGGGAGAGUUUUCAAUCCGUUCUUUUCAUUCUUUUUUAUGCCUUUAUUGAAGGACUGAUAGAAUUGCCUUUUUCAUAUUAUGAAACAUUUUAUAUUGACUUGAAGCAUGGAACUAAAAAUGAGACUGUGUCUUUCUUCUUCAUUGACCGAGCCAAAAAAUUUUGUUUAAUUCUUUUAAUUUCAUCACCUCUUGUGGCUGCUAAUGCUUGGAUUGUACAAGAGGGUGGACAAUAUUCUUAUAUUUAUGUUUGGGCUUUUGUUUCUGUUUACUUGAUGUUGAUGGCUUUUAUUUAUCCAGAUGUUAUUGCUCCACUCUUUGAUAAAUACACUCCUCUUCAAGAAAGUGAAUUGAAAACAAAAAUUGAGGCUCUAGCUAACAAAAUUGGAUUUCCGCUUAAAAAUAUUUAUGUUGUAGAAGAAUCUAAACGUUCAACACACAGCAAUGCUUACAUUUUUGGAUUUUGGAAGAAUAAAAAAAUUGUUCUUUAUGAUACACUUCUUGGCGAGGAAAUGAACAAAUCAAUACAGGUUUAA